CCAAGAUGGCGGCGCCCAGCGCAGCCGCCCCGGAGAGCGAGGAGGGGCCGGGGGGCAAAGCGAAGUCCCCAGCCGUCACCCCGCAGAAGAUCCGGGAGCUGAUCGACGAGGGCAUCGCCCCGGAGGAGGCCGGGCUGGAGGGAAAGGACACAUCUGCCUUGUCAGAAUCAACUAAUGGAUCUUCACAAACAGAUGCUUUUCCUUUCGAGACAACUAGUAAAGAAGCCUUCUUCAGCAGAGUAGAAACGUUUACUUCUUUGAAGUGGGCAGGCAAACCUCAUGAGCUUUCUCCCCUGAUAUGUGCCAAAUAUGGAUGGACCAAUAUAGAGAGUGACAUGCUGAAGUGCUCCAGCUGCCAGGCCUUCCUCUGUGCAAGUUUGCAGCUGGCAUUUGACUUCAACAAGUACAAGGAGAGGUGUGCGGAGCUGAAGAAAGCUUUGUGUACUGCCCAUGAGAAGUUCUGUUUCUGGCCCGACAGCCCCUGUCCAGAUCGCUUUGCUGUUUUACUGGUUGGCGAGCCAAUAGCCCUUGUCAGUGACUUCCUGGAUCGCUUUCAAAGCCUGUGUCAGCUAGAACUUCAGCUGCCCUCUCUGAAACCAGAGGAUCUGAAAAAUAUGUCCUUGACGGAAGAUAAAAUCAGCCUUCUACUGCAUCUGAUCGAGGAGGAACUCGAAUGCAAAACCGAAGAGGAGAAAACACCAGUGAAAUUGGGCUCUGACCUCUUUCAAGUACAUGUCCCCGCCUGCAUCCUGGCCCUCUGUGGCUGGGCUUACAGCCCUACAUCGGUGUCCAUGCACCUCCCGGUGAUCACGUGUUCCCGCUGCAUGAGGAAGGUGGGGCUGUGGGGUUUCCAUCAGAUUGAGUCUUCCAUGCUCGAGUUGGACUCUUCCUUUGGACUGGGCAGCACUCCCACCAUGCCCACAGAGGCACGCUCGGACCGAACCCCACUGGUGCCCACGUCUCCCCACAGGAUGAUCACAAGGAGCCAGGACACGACCUUUCCUCCAGGCUCGGAGCAGCACGAGAAGAGCCCGUCUCCCGUGACAGCCCGUAUGCGGAGCUGGGAUGGCUCAAGCCCCAUGGACCGGGCCGAGCCGGAGGCAUCAAGCCCGUCGACGAGGAGCCGCCCGGUAACCCGCAGCAUGGGGCAGGGGGACAGUGUAGAGGUGCCAUCCAGCCCUCACAGGAGAGCCAAGCGGGCGCGCCUCUGCUCUUCCAGUAGUUCGGACACUUCCACCAGAAGCUUCUUUGAUCCCAGCUCUCAGCACCGCGACUGGUGCCCUUGGGUCAACCCAGUGCAGGAGAAGGCCGCCUCCGAGGACACUGGCGACCAAUCGGAGCUGACAUCUGUGAAGGUGGAGCCUGGCUGGCGGGUGGUGCUGAAUGUCCUCCUGGCCGCCAGGAAAUCAAACAGAGCAGCUGACGCAGAGCUUGUGAGCCUCUCAGUAAAAUCCUGCAAGGUGUUCCGGAUAUUCCGGCAGUGGGAAGCUAUGUGCUCCUCCUGAAGACGCUUGGCCCCAGCCAGGGAACGCCUGCCGGGCGGGUUGCAAGGGACAUUGGGUCGGGUUAGAGAGCUGCUUUGCAGUUCCUUGCCAGGCCGCUCCUGGAGACGAUCCUCCAGGCUCAGCGAGCAAUGGGAGCCCCUUCCCAGGGGAUGCAGGUAAUUUGGGGAUGCCCAAAGCACAGUGUGAAGGCCACACUCAGCCCUGGCUGUAAACAGCAGCCCAUGGCUGUUUGAUUUGAAACGGGGUGAGGUUGAGCAUACGGGCACAUUUGCCAAAGCCUGCACCCUCCUUGCAAGCUGCCACUGCAUUUCUCGGAGCCACUAGCCUGGGGCAGCCCCCCGCCGGCUCUGCAUUUCCCCCACCUCCAACCAGAACAGGCUCCAUGCAGGAAGGAUCUUUUUCUGCCAAGGAACUACAUCCAUUUCAUAGGUUAGUGCAGCAGACGGGCCAAGGCCUGUGCCACACUGCACACCAUACAGGGGCCUAUGAGCCAGGGCCCCACUGGCUUGGGGAUUGAUGACAGGUAGUAAUAAAAUCUUUCCCUGUUUUUUUUCUUAGCUGUCUGGUGCUCCUUCCUUCAUGGGUGGGGCUGACCGGUGACACGCAGCCUUAGGCCUGGGCAGUCAUACAUAGAUGUGUUCUGCUGGGGUCCUUGCUCACCACACAGGGGCACAGCACCUCCCCCGAUUCCCUGCCAGCAGACCCAUAGUGGGUGCAGUUCCCCAAGUACCUUUCCUUCCUCACCGCCAGGCUUGGGGUGUCUCGCUAGAAGCUCUGGCACCUCGGAAAGAGCCAGGCUGGCUUUGUCCGCAGGUCAGGGGGCCUCCAGGCAGGCAUGAGGGAGCUUUGAGGAGGGAGAGGAUCCACUCGCAGCUGCAGGGCCUCCCAUGGGUCACUCUCUACAAGGCCCCACAGAACCUGUGAUGCCUUGUCCGCACUUCUGCUGAGACUGAACAUCCCAGGCCAUGCUCACCGUGACCCAGGAAUCAGACUGUGAACUUCCAGCCCAGUUUGGCCAACCCAAGAAAUCUGAAGAAGCAUCUGAGCAUGCAGGAACUUGUCCAAGCCCUGCUGGGUUCACCCCUCUCCAGCAGGUUAAUGCAGAGAAAGAGGAGGCCCUUCUGUAGCCAGAACUGGCUCCCUAAAUCUACCCCCACCAGUGUCUCUUCUCCCCACUCCUUUCUCCCUGGGAAGUAGUAAUACUUCUGAAUUCAUAUGGUGCCACUCAUCCCACAGAUCCUAGGAUGCUUCACAUGUUAUACCCCCGGCAUCACUAAAAUGCAGCUCCCUCUGGUGUGGAGCACGGCCGUGAGCCAGUGCAAUGCACAACACUGGCAGAAGCUGUUCAAGGACACUGAGCAAACCCUCUUGAGAAGGAAGUUGCACGGCUCUCUAAUAGCCACACGGCACAAAUUGGACCUCUGCAGAUUUCAUGUUUGCCCUGCAUAGAACUCUGCCUUGGAGGGCGACAAGCUGAGCUGAGCUGUCCCUGCUGGGAUUCCAACUCCUGCUUCUAGGGAAUCUGGGCAUGUCCAACAGUCUUGAAAGCCUUUUAUAGCCUAGUCCAUUGACAAGCCCCUUUUGGCCAAGGAUAGACGUGCCCUAGAUGUAUCUCCUGCCUGCCCCGGGUGCCCCCUGCAGCUGUUGUGUCUGCUUUUUAGUCCACCCAGCUGUGGAUCAAUCAGAAUAUGUCUCAGGUGCCAAGGUGAUGUGGGGUCAAAUGGUGGCACAAGAGCCCCCAAGCCCCACAAAAUACACAAUGGAAACUACCUUUGUUUGAGCCCCUGAAUGCAGCCAACCGAGAAUCCUAAGAGCUGGCCAAGUAACCCCCCCCGCCGGGAAACUUCCACAAGAAGGGUUGUGGUUACAGACAGACCUGGCUCCGGCUGAUUCAUGAUCAAACAGCCGGCUCACCGGCAGUGCAGGGGUAGGUGUCAUGUGGCCACUCCAGCCAGAGGCCUUGCAAUCCGUGCAGGAUUGGUGCUUGCUAGCACCAUCUACUGUCACUGUCACAGCAUGUGGGUCCCUUCCAGGGGAUCCCCCCAGGCUGUGCUCCCUCUCGUUUCUAUCGGGGGGGGAGGUGUUCCUCUCCUUUCACCCAAAUUGGACUCUGUCACCUACAUUUUUUUCUCCGCUACAAGCUGAGGUUUAAUAUUCCACCUCCAGCCUCUUUACCAACAUGGAUUAAAACCCAUAUUGCCCCUAUCAGGUAUGUCAUAUUAUAUUAUCCCCCUUUUACAGUUGUGGAAAUUGAGCCAGAGAAAUUAAGAUUUGCCCAGAGACCUAAAACAAAUCACCAUGAGCUGGGCAUAGAAGCAGGCCCUAUCAGCUCCCUGCUUUAACCUUCCCAGAACUGGGCAUAAAACCCAGAAGUCCUGAUUCCCAGCUACCUGAUCCAACCACUCAAUGAGAUGGAUUGAAACUAAUAUUGUGUUUCUCUCUGCAUUUGAAGCACCUACUUU